UGCAAUUCCUUUUCUUUCUUCUUCAGUCGAGUUUUGUUCGCUCGGUGGGAGGACGUGUCGUCGCCCGACAAAUUAAUGUACACGCGUGUUCGUUUUUCUCCGUAAUAAUUUAUGUAAAAAAACUGUCACAAAUAACUCAUGUGCCACAAUAAAGUGUAACAGUGAUUAAUUAAGAAGUUUAUAGUACAAUAACUGUGAUUUUUGUACCCAAAGUUAUAUUUUUAGACGGGGUAUAUUUUUAUGAUGCGUGUUCUUUAGGACGGUUAGUUAUGUUGACUUGGUUGUGUGAUUAAUAGUUUUAAUUGGUACCAUGGCGGUCAUUAAUUUCAGCGUGUGUUUAGUACUUGUAUUGUACCAGCUUUCAGCCGUUUAUGGUGAUGAAGUGUCAUCGGAGGCUGGAUUGAGCACCUCAGAUUCCAAGGAUGCUGAAGUGAGGUGUUACUGCAACACAGCUCAGUGCGUGGGAACAGGCUACAUGUGCCUGUCGACGCCCGGCGGCGGCUGCUACAGCGAGCUGCCCGCGCCGAGGCGGACCCACCACGCACGCCACGGCUGCCUCCAUCAUUUGGCUGAUACGCCUCAAGAAGCGAUGGCCCACUGCCAGAACUCGCCUGGUGGGACUCCAACCCUGGCUCAUUCCCUGCUGCUCUGCUGCUUCAACGACCUGUGUAACCAUGAAGACAGUCCACAGGCCAGGGCCCGCCUGAACGUCACUGGGGAGUUUGAUGCCAACGCGGUCGCCAGCGAACGUGGCGCGAACUACAACGGGGAGGUCUGGUUCAAAGCGGCGACCAUCGCCGUGCCUGUGUGCGGCGCCCUCAUACUCUUCAUACUGGUCGCCGUGGCCAUGAGGUUGUUGAAGGCAGACGCUUUGUUACACGCUGAUAGGAAGUUGAGAGGCAGCUACAUGUCUCCAUUAGCCCAGAAUACGACUGAAGACGUGAAGAAAGUGUGGGUUGGUACACCUUCAGCGCCCCUGCUGGUGGCUCCUGGUGGAUGCCUCGUGGCUGUGGAGAGGGCCCAGUUAGUCGACGUACCCCCCUCCCAGCAGCUCUGUGAUAUACAACGGUAGUCCGUGACUGAGGGAAGCGAGAAAUCUCUUUGGCGGGGUGUACCUUGGAGUGUAAGUUAGGCGGUUUGGUCUCAUAAGUACGAAUUUUUUUUAUGAACUCUCGUUUGUAGGCUCUGUCAACCCUUGUAAGGAUGAAGACGUGGCAUAUAAAUUAAAAAAUACGAUGAAGAAAAAUGCGUAAAUUUUUCAAUGAAGCCUCAUUAUAAUAGGUUCUGUCUACCCCAGUAGGGUAUGAAAACACCACUUCGUACAUGACAAAACGUUGACUUAGGUACUUGAAACGUUUUUAAGAUUAUUUUCUAAUAUAUUUGUUUUAAAACUUUAUGUAGACCAAACCAUGUUCUCGACUGAUAAAUUAUGAAGUGUCUAUGAUUUUGUUGGCGCGUUUUUGCUUUGAUAUUCAUUAAUUUUCAAUGUUUAAUUCCGGAUCAGGUCAUAAACUGAACUUUAGGCCUGAACAAUCUAUGUUACUUAACUACCUAUUCUUAAAAAAAUAACUAUUUUUCAACUCAUAUGUCUUUCAUCAUGUUCUUUCUUUUGUUUCAUCAGUGUUUUCUUUUGUUUGUUUUUUUAAAUUGCUUUUGUUAUCUAAAACCCAGUGCUAGUUUUCAUUUCCAUAUAAUUUUAUACUCCAGCGGUAAAAACACACCAAAAAUGAAUCCUCUUCGAAAAAUUGAUCUCAAAUUGGUUUCCAUACUUCGCUCCAAGGUAACCCGUGAUAUACCAAAUCUACCAUUCUGUAUAUUUAAUUGUAAUCUUAGUAUAAGAGCUUUGUGUUCCUUUUUUCUUUUGUAUGUACACAUCUCAUGAACCCUGGUACCGAUAUUUCAGUUUAGUUACCAAUAAAAUCCCUUUUUAGGGAUGCGAAACUACUGUGUCAUCUUAAUAUAGUCCAUUGGGCAUCGUGCUGAAGUUAGUCACAUAGUAAUAAACUGAAAAUCUUAUACUGUUCUUUUUGUUAUAUACAGAUAAUAUAUACAUUUGUAAUCUGUUUAUAGCUACAUAUGGAAAAUUAAAAAAAAAACAUUUAAUUGAUUCAAUGACAUCUGUCAAGCGUUGACAAAUUGACAGAUGUCAAAUCUUUGCCAUUUUGGCUUAGCUUAUGUUCCGUGUAUUGAAACAAAUUUUGUAACCAAGAAUUAUUUCAUAGAUAAAGAAUUUCACAAUAGUUAGUCAUGCUUUAUAAAACACAUUCGUUGUUUUGAAUUACCAAUAUUGUAAUGUUACUUAAAUUGAAUUUAGUAUUGGACACAAACACGUCACUACAGAAUGUGAAUGUUAUAAAUAAAUCACAAAAAAUCGAAUAGUCAUAUCUUUACUUCAAAUAUUGCGUCCUUUUUAUAUUUAGGUAAUAAAAUACAUGAGAAAUAAUGAAUUUUAAGUCCAUGUUUUAUUAUAUUAUUUCAAGAGACAGCUGGACUUUUGGUAACUAUCAAUAAGGGGCCGAUUCCAUAAUCAGGGUAUUUGACGUUUUCCGGUAAUACAUUACCAUUUGGGCUCCGAUUACGGAAUCGGCCUUCUAAAGGUGGACGCAGACUUAGUCGCACCUCAGUGAUUAGGUACUUCUUAUAAAAUGGCGCAGCCAAAUCGGUCGUACAUCUCAAAAUAAAAGUCACCAAAAGUGCAACUAGCUCUUAUACUAUAUUAUCUGAAUGUUAUCCAUGUAUCAACUUAAUAAUCUCCGCAUGCAUUUCCUUUGUGUAUAUGUUUUUUUUUUUUGUAAA